GGAAGAGCUGUACGAAAGGAAUUGCUAUCAGGAGAGAGAGAGAGUGGUCUUCUCUCGGAUUUUGUAUUUCCGUUCCUCAUCAGUAGUCAACCUCAUGUCGAGGAUCUCCUCCUUUCUUCGGGCAGUGUCACCGGGUGAUUGGCGAAGGAAAGACGUCACGGUGAAUUCCGAUCGCGAUGGAAACAUAAUUGAAACCGAAACACACCGCGGUGUCCUGCGAAGAAUUCGUAUCCUCCGUUUAUGGCUCGAUUAUCGUCCAAUCAGUGAACAUAUUACACGUGCGUGCAACUUGACGUAUUGUACCUAAACAAUUGAAAUAACAACGAGAUGCCAACGGCGAAAGUAUCGAAACAAUAUCGUGUAUAAUAAUUUGAUACGCGUAACCUGAUGCGAGUAACAACGAAUAACGAUUAAAGUAACAGUAACGAUGAUCAGAAAAUUAACGACAGAGGACCAAUAGUGAGAAUCGAGAUAAUAAUAAUAAAAUUUCCAACGAUUUAACAUAGUAAGGUCAAGUAACAAGCGGAACAAUAAUUUAAAUAAAAGUAAUAUUAAACUGUCGAGUACAAUGUUUCGGGCGAGAUUUUGCGAAAGGACCGACGAUCGAGGGGACGUUCGCCGGUUUCAGUGGCCAGUGUGAGACGACGAAUGCUCGCGUUUAUCGUCGGGACCAGGCCCCUUUUUUCGAACGUCCUCGUGGAGGAAGCGGUGGAGGAAGCGGUGGAGAACACGCAGAGAGGAAACGCUCGGCGAAAGAUGGAAAUCGCGGCAGCGAGGAACAGCUGGACGAGCCGAUUCGUACGAGCCAGUCAAAUCGGCAUUGUCAAAGUCGAAAGUUACCGGGACUAACUUUCACUAAUAACCGAACGGUGUGAUGCUACGGUUUCACGCGUAUGCCCCACGCUCGCGGGACAGGUCGUAAGGAACUGAGAACGUGUUACGAAGCGGCCACACGAACAAGACGACGUGCCACUUGUUUCGGUGACCUGGUUUCCCGACCCACUUUUCUACCGGACCCAACCACUACGUGUGAAUGCCUCCUCGCCACGCUUCGCGUGCUCUUACGAGAGAUAGAGAAAGAGAGAGAAGAAUAUGCAAGAUCAUCGAUUGAACGUUUUACUGCGAGUCUGUUCGAAUAAAUCACGGGAGCUAUGCAAGUAUCGAUCGGUAAUAUCGUCGAGUUAACGUUCGUAGAAGAUCGAGGGAUCGAAUCCUGUUCUCGAGGAAAAAGACACUGCGCGAAUUUUCGAUUCGUAGAACAUUGGUGAACGACCAGACGAGAGGUACACCCAUACAACGAAGCCGAAUCAUCGUCGAUCGAUCUUCUUUCAGAUCGCUCAGAGAAAAGAGAAAUGAAUCGGCUGGCAAGUUCGCUUCUCGUUUGGCUGCUUGUUGGAUUCUACUGUCAAGCCGAUUUCAGGAAAAAUGACCGGUAUUUAGAGAAUUUCGAUCUAGAUACAAAGAAGGAAACUGCAAUGGAAAAUGUAAUCGACACAGAAGGACAGACACGAUUUUUCGACGAGCUUGGACUGAUACCUCAAACGUGUACGUACAAAGGAACGACGUUCGAUUGUGGCCUGAGUAUUAGUUGCGUCCUCGGAGGUGGUCGUCCAGUCGAUCUCUGCUCCGGAGGAUUAAUAUGGAGCUGCUGCGUCGACGACGACGACAUACCUGAUAAAAUAACACGACCAACAGUCGGAUUACUGCAGAAUGCCACGAUCUCGUUAAACUUGGGGAAUCAGCAUCCCUAUGUGGACGAUGAUGUGCAAAUCUACGGGAACGCGGCAAGGCCGAGCAAACCGACGUAUAGCGGUCAGAACGAGCACGGGACGACGAGCUACCUGUACGCCGACAUCGCGAACAAACCAACGACCAUAUACGAGUCAUCGCAGACGUGGAAUUACGAUCGGCCAGUGUAUACGAAUCGUCCAUCGGUUUAUCACCCGCUGCAGCUUGAUUAUCCGCAGGAUGAAUACGAGGCCGCUUAUCCCGACGUUUCGGCGAUUCACACGCCGAACGAGGACGCCUCGAACUCCGUGGAUUAUUCCAAAUACCGUGGCUGCGGUGAACUUUACACGAGGAGCAAUAGAAUCGUGGGUGGGCACAGUUCCAGUUUCGGUAGUCACCCAUGGCAGGCCGCCAUCAUCAAGUCUGGAUUUUUAUCAAAGAAACUGUCGUGCGGCGGUGCUUUGUUGAACAACAGAUGGGUUGUUACCGCGGCGCAUUGUGUCGCAACAACACCGAAUGGCAAUCUGAAAGUACGUCUUGGUGAAUGGGACGUUAGAGAUGCGUCCGAACGACUGCUGCACGAAGAGUUUAACGUCGAAAGGAAAGAGGUUCAUCCGCAAUAUUCGCCGAUCGACUUCCGGAAUGACGUGGCGUUGGUGAAACUGUCGAGAACAGUGGCGUUCAAGCAACAUAUCGUACCUGUCUGCUUACCAGCGAAGAACCUCAAAAUUUCUGGACGUACAGCAACGGUCGCCGGUUGGGGUAGAACCAGACACGGACAAAGUUCGGCGCCGACAGUUCUUCAAGAAGUUGACGUCGAAGUAAUUCCCAAUGAGAGGUGUCAGCGAUGGUUUAGAGCGGCUGGAAGACGCGAAACCAUUCACGAUGUCUUUUUGUGCGCGGGUUACAAGGAAGGUGGACGAGAUUCCUGUCAGGGUGACUCAGGUGGUCCUUUAACUAUGUCUGUCGAAGGAAGACACGUACUGAUCGGUCUCGUAUCAUGGGGUAUUGGAUGCGGUCGGGAACAUCUGCCAGGUGUAUAUACCAAUAUCCAGAAAUUCGUACCUUGGAUCGACAAAGUAAUGAGUUAAAUUUUUUAAUCCGUAAGGACAUAGAAGAGACACACGGAUAAAAUUCAAAAAUGUAGCUCGAUAAAUGUGCGACGAGGUAACAAUUUGCGUAAAAAUGUUUACAAUGCGAUUUUAUACUGAAUAUCGGAUAAUUUGUUUCGAUAUUCGCGGAUUAAUCGUCAUUAAUGGAAAUAAUUUAUAUUGGUAUAAACUAAUCAACUAUUGUACGAUCAAUUGGAAUACAAUCUCUGUGUCGCCAAGAGAAAUUGUUAAUUCUGAUUUCUUGAUAAAAAGAUAAAGAUUAGUAGAACCUC